GCCAUAAAACACAAUAUUUUCUACACAGGUGAAUAUAGUCACGUACAUUGUUCCGCUUUGGUUUCAAUUUCCAUUCGAAACACUGUGCCUCCAACCAUUAUUCCCAUCAUGUCCAAAGUUCUUCUUGUUACUGGUGCCACCGGCAAGCAAGGUGGUGCCGUCAUAGAUGCUUUAUUGAAGCUAAAAGGCAGCCCCUUCACAAUCUUGGCUGUAACAAGAAAUGCAGCCGGUGGUAGUGCUAAGAAAUUGGAACAGAGGUCACCUUCGAUCAAGAUCGUGCAAGGUGAUCUUGACGAUUGUGCUGCACUCUUCGAUGAGGCUCAGCGGGUCGAGUCAACGCCUAUCUGGGGUGUUUACUCGGUGCAAAUUUCCAUGGGUAAGGGGGUGACUAUGGAAAGCGAAGUUGCGCAGGGAAAGGCUCUCAUCGAUGAGUCCAUGAAGCGAGGCGUCAAGUACUAUGUUUAUAGCAGCGUUGAGCGUGGUGGAGAUGAGCAUUCUUGGGAAAACCCGACACCAAUCCCCCAUUUCCAGAGCAAGUAUCACAUUGAGAGGUACUUGAGGGAUGUCACUUCAAGGAGUCAUAACGUCGAAGGUAUGGACUGGACCAUCUUGAGACCGGUAGCCUUCAUGGACAACCUUGCACCCGGUAUGCCAACCAAGGUCUUCAUGGCAGCCAUGAACAACUGGCUGCAAGGCAAAUCGACCCAGUGGAUCGCUACCAAGGAUAUUGGCGUCUUCGCUGCUAAAGCUUUCGAGAAUCCCGGAACCUGGAACAAGCGGGCUAUUGGACUUGCUGGCGAUGAGCUCACAAUGCAGCAAAUGAGCAAAGUAUUCGAAAGGGCAACCGGCAGUCCAGCUCCCAUGGCUCCUUGGUUUUUGGGGAGUGUCUUGACGUACAUGGUCACGGAGCUGAAGUUGAUGAUCGGGUGGUUCGCUUCUGAAGGUUACAAGGCAAACAUCCGGGAAAGGCGGGCGGAGUAUCCGCAACUGCUGAACAUGGAACGCUGGUUGAGAGAGGAGAGCAUGUUCACAUGCAAAUAAGCCCUUGUAUCGUGAAGUUUUGAUGGCGUCGUUGCCCCUUGCAGUGGUGUGCUAUCAGCUCUCAAUUUUCUGUAUCUUUCGAUGGGCUUUAUCAUUUGAGGAGAUCCAUCGAAAUUAAAAUUGAGGGUUACAUUUCGUUCUCAAUCUUAUGGUAUAAUUAAUUCGUCUGACGUAUUGAAGGCAUUCAACAGAAGCUC